AUGGCGCCAUGGGUGGCCCACGCCAUCCAUUCGCCGACGGGCUUCGAGGCCUUUAUGCCCCACGAGUUCGUGGCCGGCACGGCGCAGAAGGUCAAGCUCAUGCCGGACCUGGUGCCGGAGCACGAGAAGGCGGCCGGGCCGAAACGCAAGGAACAGGACCUGCCGGAGGAGCUCCCGCGGGUCCGGACCUUGGACGACGAGGACUCGGGGCGCUUCGGCGCCCAGCAGCGGGAUCCGCAGCUCCUGCGGCUCGGGGCGAGGAUGGACGAAAAGCUCGACAAGUUGGAGGAUCGCUUCCUCACAGGUGACCUGCAGAACCUGGUGGUGCCAGUGCCGGGCGACCGCCCGCCCAUCGCCGCAGCCAAUGCGGUCCACAUUCUGCAAGGCAAGCCCUCGUCCGUGGACCCUUCAUUGGGCAGCACCAGCAGGGACAUCGAUGAUUUGCUGCAGCGAGUGGACCAAGCGCAGACGCAGGUGCUGCGUGGUCCGAGAAGGUCGGACCGACUGGAGGGCUUUCCUAGCUCCGCGCUUGCCUCGCAGGUUCGGCGCCAGGCGAUUGGCUCUUUCCUGGCCUGA